CAACUCCUCCAUUGCCCUCGCACCUCCGAGAGAAGCAGGUGAUGGAGAACACAGAGGAAGGCCUUCCGACUGACCAAGAGUUCCAUCACGACCUCGUCUCCAGCCUUCCACUCGAGGAAGGCAUGUCACCGGUGCGCCUCCGAAAGUACCAAGGCGUCUGGAUGUCGGAGUACUUCCUGGUGGGCACCAUGAACGCACAGCGAUACUUCAAGUCUCGCCCCACCGACAUCCUCCUCGCCAGCUACCCCAAGUCCGGCACCACCUGGCUCAAAGCUUGGGCCUUCGCCACCAUGACCCGAACCCGUCACUCCUUCGGUUGCCAUCCUCUUCACCACCUCAACCCCCAUGAGUGCGUGCCACUCCUCGACGAAAUUGCCGGCAGCCUCGAGAGUCUCUUCGAGAUCGACGCCGCGAGCGAUCCUCGCCUUAUCAGCACCCACCUACCUUUCUCCCUGCUACCCGAGUCGAUCAAGAGCUGUGGUUGCCGACUGAUAUACGUUUGCCGGGAGCCCAAAGAUACGUUGGUCUCUCGGUGGCACUUCCACGGCAAGAUUGUAACGAAUAUGGGGAAGAGCGAGGUAAUUCCUUUCGAGAAGAUGUUCGACAUGUUCUGCGAUGACAUCAUGCCAUGCGGGUCGAUAUGGGAGCAUGCCUUGGGCUACUGGAACGAGAAGACACAGACACCGGGGAGGGUGCUGUUCUUGAAGUAUGAGGAGAUGUUGGAGGAUCCCACAGGAACGUUGACGAGGUUGGCGGAGUUCAUGGGUUGCCCCUUCACCGAAGAGGAGCUUAGGGUGGGCGUGCCAGCGGAGAUCGUAAGCCUCUGUAGUUUUGGGAACCUGAGAGAUUUAGCUGUGCAACAGAACCGCAGAAUCAGCCCUGGUGGUAUCAUGACGACGGAAUCUUUCUACAGAAAAGGAGCAGCCGGGGACUGGAGGAACCAUCUCAGUCCAGAGAUGGCUGAGAAGUUGGAUCAGAUCACCGCGAAGAAGCUGCUAGGAACAGGUUUGACUCUUGGGCGUCCCGUCUCGGAGACCACCGCAAUGGAUGCUUAAUUAAUUAGUUCCCAGCCCAUGGAUGGAUUCUGCUUGCAAGUGUGCUUCGAAAUUUUACUGUGUCUGUAUGAUGAAUUAUGCAUGUUUGCGGAUUGAAAUCAAAUAAAUUGGAUUUAUCAAUAUUAAACAA